CGGUCUUCGAUACUCUGGCGCCACGGGAGAAGUUCUAUGCUCAUUAUUGUGCACGGGCAGCAUGGCACGGAAGCAGAAUCAUUAUGCGACAGGUGUCGCCGGAGAGCCCGGGCAUCUUUGACUUCAUCAUGGACCUAUAUCACGCUUGCGAUGGAAAAUGGGACACCCUGGUCACCGACUACAGUAUUACCCCAGAAGAGCUGGAAGGCUUUCUGGAGUAUGCCGCCAUGUUUCUUUGCAACCUGGGAAACUUCUAUGGUGAAGGAGACCAGAAGUUCGUCCCCAACCUGACUGCCGACGCCCUGCAGAGGAUCGCAGGCAUCUCUCCAACGGCACAAGAGCGCCUGGACGAGAUCAUCGGUCCGCUACUUGCAGUCCCGCCAUUCAACCUCGGGUAUCCGAGCAAAAGCGCACAGUCAGCCUAUUAUCUUGGAUCCAUGGCCCAGGAAGAGAUUGCCCUGGUGUCCGAGGCAAUGAGCAAGCACUCCGUCGGGCCAGAGAACACCCGUGUUCAAAAGCUGAUCAAGGAGGGUAAACCGGUCUAUCACGUACUGCAGGCGUCUGCAGAGACUGGCGCGCCGGCGAACGGCCUCUACGAGCUGGCAAACAACAUGUUUCUCAUCAGAGGCGACCACUCGGUGGAACUGUCCAUGGUCUGCUCGAAUCUGGCACGGGCAUUGAAAUACGCAAGCAACCACAGGCAGACACGGUUCUUGGAGGCGUACAUUGAAUCCUUCCGGACUGGCAGCCAAGAAGCCUACCAGGAGUCACAGAAGGCAUGGGUGAUGGAUGUCUCUGCCCGGGUAGAGAACAUGAUCGGCUUCAUCGAGAGCUAUCGCGAUCCGGCUGGAAUCAGGUCGGAGUGGGAAGCAAUGAUCGGCAUUGCCGACCCGGACGAGACGGCGAGACUGAAGCGCUUUGUCGAACGGUCGACGUGCUUCAUCCGACAACUCCCAUGGGCAGUCGAUGGCGUCAAUGAUGGCAAAGGCCCGUUUGAGAAGACUCUGUUUGAAGCGCCCGAUUUCACCAGCGUCCACGCGCUCGCUGUAUGUGGCAGUGUCGUCUUUGAAGCUGCCAAUCUCCCCAACUAUGAAUACAUCCGAGAAACCUGCGGCUUCAAGAAUAUCGUCCUCGCAAAUCGGCUGUGCGUCAACCACAACCCCAGGCUAUCAAUGCCCUGGAUCACGCCCUCUGAGUUGAUGCACUUCCAAAAGAGCACACAUCUUGUGCGAUUCCUCACCACCGCCAUCCACGAGCUGAUCGGCCAUGGGACUGGGAUACUCCUGAGCGAAACCGCCCCGGGCAUCUACAACUUUGACGAGCAAAGCCCGCCGCUCAGUCCGCUGAGCGGGAGUCCAGUGGCUUCGCACUAUGCCCUGGGCCAGACUUGGACGAGUGUUUUUGGCCAUCUGGCAGGAACAGUGGAAGAAUGCCGAGCCAUCCUGGUCUCGGAAUAUCUCAUGGAUAACAAGGAGUUGCUCUCUAUUUUCGGGUAUACAGAUGCCAGUGAGGUCACGGUGGACGACCUCCUGUAUACCACAUACCUCAAUAUUGGCGUCGAUGGCCUUCAAGCUCUGGAACAUUACAGCUUUGAAAGCAAAUCUUGGGGCCAGGUUCACCACCAGGCUCACUUCUCCAUCAUGAAACACCUACUCCAAGAUGGCGGUGGCGUCAUCCACAUCUCUCAGGACCUCGAUUCCUCCUCUCUCACCGUCCACGUCGACCGGAGCAAAAUCGCUUCUCACGGGAAACCCUCCUUGGGCCGCUACCUCUGCCGCCUCCACAUAUGGCGCUGCACCGCCGACUUUGCCGCCUGUCGGGACUUCUACGAGCCCUUGUGCGCUGUCGAGGGGCUCUACGAACAGUGGCGGCAGAUUGUGUGCUCGAAACCGAGGCCAAGAUGGAAGUUUGUUCAGCCCAACACGUUUGUGGACGGGGAUACUGUCGAGGUCAAGGUUUACGAGGAGAGUAACAGGGGCAUCAUUCAGUCGUGGGCAGAAAGGGAUAUCUAAAGGGUUCAAGUCUUCAUAUGCAUACUAAGUGAAGAGUACGCCUGCCUGGAACUUGGUGUGCAAAUGCCCAGGUAAGACAAAAAUGAGUCUAUUUUAGGCAGAAAGGAGGGCUCGAUCUUAUACACGGUGAACGGAGUGUACCUACC